AUGGCCAUUGGUGACUGUGCUCUUGCCCGUUGGCGUGUCAAUGGUAUUGUUUUUGUUGUAGUUGUCGUAGUCGUAGUGGUCGUCGUGGUUGCUGGUGACUUUGGCGUUGACAUAAUCUCCAUCUUUGUUGGUGUCAUUGUUUUUGGUGUGGACUUGGGCGUUGUGAUUGGUGUAGUAGACUUUGGCGUUGUGACUGGUGAUAAUGUUGUGUUCUUUGAUGGUGUGACUGGUUUGCUACCAUUGCUCUUGUUGUUGUAG